CGAUUGCUUCUGCCUUAACCCAUUCUUCAGACAGACAUUACUAGUUGCGCAGGAUGAUGUUUACAUACAUGCUGGCUAGAUAGCUGGUGUGCGACCGAAAAAUUCACUCGCUUUUUAAAGGUUUGAGAAACAUAUUGAUUAUGUUUGGAAUUAAUACAUACUCAAGAUUAAAACAAUGUCUAGUUCUUCAGCAUUACGCGAGCAGUGGUAUGGCUAUGAAGAAACGGACCAGCGGCAGCGUCGAACUUGAUCUUCAGCAUCGAUUCCAUCAUUUGAACUGCGAGCACCGUUCCAUCUCAUCAGUUUGUCAUGACAGAAGAGAUUUUCACACUUCUUCCAAUUGUGCUGGUAAAAACCUGAUGAGGAAGUUUGUCAACAAAACAAAGUAAGAGAACGUUAUGGUUUGACGUUUUGGUAGCAAGUCCCGAGUUGUCUGAUUUGAUUCAUCAUGUCUUGCUAGCCUAGCUAUCAAGUUUCAAGUAAUCGGCCUAGUAGUACUCUUGCUAGUCUGUGUUUAGUCUGUUUGAGCCAACAUGACAGUAAUGGAGUUGGCAUGAGCACAAACGGAUCAGCUACCAGGCUCCUUCUGCUAUGACUUGUGUAAACUUUUUCUUCAUUGCAUGUCUUCAACAGGAAGAAGCUCUGGUAUGAAACACCACCCAAGGUUGGUACACUGUCUCAUGUCAUGAUUUAGAUUGUAAUUAUACUUAUUCUUAGCCUGGCUCCAUUGUUAUCAUUGACAUAACAAGUCCAUAAGGAGUUGUCAAGACAGUAGAAACAGACUGGUACUCAGGCUUGCUGUAUCUCGUUUCACACUUUAACCUUUGUGUAAUUCUGACAGGCGCCACCGUCCAGUCAGCUCAGUGCUCUGAAGCCACCUAAGAAACAAAACCAAGAGGACAACAUGCGCACCAGAGUCCUCAACUCUAUCCUGUACAAGGCCAUCACUGAUCUACUGAGCUCCCCUGAAGUCAACUCUGAGGUCUACAACUACAGUGUGGACAUCUCAAGGGUAGGAAUAACCUAGCCUGAGUGCCAGUGUGUUUGUGCCAUCAUGCCAACCCAUUGUCAUGUUUGGCUUGACAAUGACAGCAUUGAAGUAAGCAAGAGGACUUGCAGAUCUGGGACCAGGCUAGGAAGUACUUCAACUUGGACUGAAAUAUUCAAUGACAUUUUGUUAAUGCAAGGUAGCUUCAUAGGAUUGGUGUUAGUAUUGUGGACAGUUCCAUUCAAAUGGCAACUUGUCUGUGUCACACCAGGUCUCACUGCCUGCAGACUUCUCUAGUUGCCGGGUCUAUUGGAAAACCAGUGGUGUGUCAGAGAGGGAUGACCAGAUUCAGCAAGCACUGGACAAGAGCAGCCCUCGUAUAAGGUAAGCACUAUGUCAUAAAAUAGCAGUACUCUUCUCUUUCUGUGAGGAUUGUUUCUAGCCUGGUUCCAGAUCUAUGUGUUCUUGCCAACUGCAUUGCGGUCCUUGUCAAGACAAACUUAACAUGACAAGGAGUUGGCAGGAUAGCACACAGAGACUGACACUCAGGCUAGGUUGUUUCAGGAUAAUGUUAGAGAGAACCCCUGUGCUUCUCUGUUGUUAACAGGUACCUCAUUAUGGCUCAUCAAACCCUUGGUGGCGUCCCUCCUUUGGUUUUCAUAAAGGAUAAACAGUACGCAGCCAUGUCUGAGGUACUUGGUAUUUCAUAUUCAUUAGAACACAAACGAUAUUCAAAAUGUAUUAAAAAUACUUUGUGCUGAUGGACUUUGUGCUUGUCCACUGUGCUGUUAGGUUGAAAACCUACUCAAGAUGGCUGACUUUGGUCCUGAAGAUCAGGACGGGAAAGACGGACUGGGGUGAGACAGUCUUUGAUGACUGGAGCUCAAAUAGUAAAUACAGUCAAGUGACUGACUUUUUAAAAGUUUACUUAAUACAUCUAAUUUCUUACAGAGAACAACUGCAUGUAGUGGAAUCAGGACAGCCCACCACGUCUAAAAAACCUGUGCUGUUCGGGGUGGACCACGAAGCUCUCAACAAGCAGAUCCUGGACUACAAACUGAGGGUCAAAGAGACUACCUCAGACACCCUGGCACCAGAGCUCACACUGCAGCAGCUGGAGGUGCUGGCCGAGUACAGGAAGCAGAAGGUAAUGGAGAAGAAGAAGAAGUCCAAGCGGCCCAUUGAUGAUGACAUCACUCCUAAGGAGUACCUUCUGUCCAGACACAGCCAGGGUCAGGAGGGGGAGGGUGAGGGGAGGACGGCCGGGCGUUCAGCCAGGAAGAUGACCAGGUCAGAGAACUCAUGGCUGAGGAGAGCAGGAAGUCCUAGAUCCUUAGUUCAAAAGGUGAAAGGUCAGUGACGAAACGUCACAACUUUUAAUCUCGGGUAUCAUCUCCAUCGACGACUUUCCCAUUCGGAAGUUCGACUUGGGAGAGUCGUUCAAGUGGUUGUUUCCCCGUCGGAACCUUGUAUUUCACACUUCCGAGGAGCAUUUGAAGGCAGCAUGAAUGAGCAGUGUACUGGAGAUCCACUCUUCAUACAUGUGUAUUAGUGUGUUUGGGUUGUUUUACACCAGAGAUCAGACAUGGGUGAAUUGUUCAUGUCAAUAAACACUUUCAAGGUAUUGAGUUUGUCAUGAUAUACGUUUAAUUGUUCAUUGACUUACAUUCCAAUAUGUGUAGAAAUGUUAGUCAACAGGAUGGGGGGGGGGUAUAGAAAAACAUGAUCAACAAUCUAGACCUCUAAAGUAUCUAGUCCUGUAAAUGAUCAGUUGUAAACAUUCAAGAAAGGCACAUCAUACGAAAACUGCAACUAUGCUAGCUAAGUAAGGCCGAGAUUCAAUCUAAAACCGUGUUAUAGUGCGCUUGACAUUUUUAAAGCUAAUUUCCGAUUGAGACAACGUCUGCAGCAUUUACCAUGAACGCGGUAACAUAGCCUUUAAAAGGCUCAUUGUCAACAACGUUACACAGAUUGAAUCCCGGCCUAAAUAUUUGAAUUAUCCACGUUCACAUUUUAUUCCCUUAAAGUAAUUUUACACUUGUAUAAAAAGUACAUUCCAAAAUCUUGUUUUCUAAGAAAAGCCUUUGAUAUAUUAGGUUGAAUUGACAUAGGGAAAUGCUAAUCACAAAGAAAAGGCCUAAGCGAUGAAAUGAUACAUUUCAAGUCACUAUGUUACUCCAAUCAAAUCCAUUGGAGAUUGGUUGUGGGUUUCAAAGAGCAAGCCAGGGUGGAGUUCAAUAGGGCACACUGUAGCAAAAUGUUUAGCAACGGAACAAUUCAAAUCUGUGUUCUAACUGGACAAGUUCAGGUAGUACCUCCCUGUUUCAAAUUGUCUUCCACCUUCUGAAUGACCCAGGAUGAAACUGUUGACUGCUCCUCCAUCCCUGCACCAAUGCCCUGUCCUGCUCAGAUAGAUUCCACAGUAUGCUCCUCGGUCUGCACAGCCUCUUGGACAUAGACGAUGAACUGGGAGGCAUCCUCUCCCUGAGUGUACACAGUCACCGUCUCCAUGCCCUCCACAUCGUCAGACGACACCACCAGAUGGUGCUCCUCACCCAGACCCAUGGAGGCUGCCUGCUGGAAGGGGUCCUGGAUCAUCACAGUGUGGGUCCCCUGCUGCUCCUCCUCACCCACCUGGAAGAUGGUGGAAAGAGGAAUGGAACGUGUUGGGAGUGAGAUGUCCCAAAUGACAAGGGCACAAGCACCCAUAUUCUCUUUAUAGUGCACUCCGUUUACCAGAGGGCCCUGGUUAAAAGUUGUACACUAUAAAUGGAAUAAGGUUUCAAUUGGGACACAAGCCUUACCUGCUCCACCACGGUCACUCUGCCAGGGGCCAUGGUCACCAUGGAGGCCACCGUGGCAUCAUUGGACUCUGCCCCCAGCUCAAUGAUCUGCUGGAGGAUGUUAACCGCUGUGGGAUCCAGCCCUUCUGUGGUGGUCGACGCCACCCCUAAGCAGAGCGAGAGGAAUGCAUUCAAAUACAUGAAACACAGUGAGCAAACCAAGGAUGUAUCAACUCCUUGUCACUCUUGUCGUAUGUGGCUUGACAAGGAGCAAUGGCGUUGGCAAGGGCACAAACAGAUCUGGGACCAGGCUAACUUAAGUGCUGACUACUUGUCCUAACCGUUCUCUGUGAACCGGAGGUCCUGGAGGGCCGACACGGCAGCUUCGGUCCCCUGAGGGUCCUCUGUCUCAGUGAUGUGGAGGUACUGGGUAAGAGGCUGCUCCAUCGACUGCUCCACCACCUCAGAACACACCACACACGACACGCACACACACACACACACACACACACACACACACACACACACACACACACACACACACACACACACACACACACACACACACACACACACACCACACUUAACACAGUGUCUAAACAUAGGAAAAACAUCUUAAUAUUGACCAUAUAUAGGAGUGUUUGAAACCUUACCUCCCAUUGGUUCAGACCAAGCACGUCACUCUGAAUCACUUUGAGGCCAUGCUUGUUCUUCAGGUGUCUGUUCAUCUCCCACUUGGUGCCGUACACAUAGUCACACACGGGACACUUCACUCCACCUAGCGAUACAGGACGUAGUCACACACAGGACCUCACUCCACCUAGCGAUACAGGACAUAGUCACACGGGACACUUCACUCCACAUAGAGAUACAGGACAUAGUCACGCACGGGACACUUCACUCCACCUAGAGAUACAGGACAUAGUCACGCACGGGACACUUCACUCCACCUAGAGAUACAGGACAUAGUCACACACGGGACACUUCACUCCACCUAGAGAUACAGGACAUAGUCACACACGGGACACUUCACUCCACCUAGAGAUACAGGACAUAGUCACACACGGGACACUUCACUCCACCUAGAGAUACAGGACACUUCACUCCACCUAGAGAUACAGGACAUAGUCACACACGGGACACUUCACUCCACCUAGAGAUACAGGACAUAGUCACACACGGGACACUUCACUCCACCUAGAGAUACAGGACACUUCACUCCACCUAGAGAUACAGGACAUAGUCACCACACGGGACACUUCACUCCACCUAGAGAUACAGGACAUAGUCACGCACGGGACACUUCACUCCACCUAGAGAUACAGGACAUAGUCACGCACGGGACACUUCACUCCACCUAGAGAUACAGGACAUAGUCACGCACGGGACACUUCACUCCACCUAGAGAUACAGGACACUUCACUCCACCUAGAGAUACAGGACACUUCACUCCACCUAGAGAUACAGGACAUAGUCACCGGGACACUUCACUCCACCUAGAGAUACAGGACAUAGUCACGCAUGGGACACUUCACUCCACCUAGAGAUACAGGACAUAGUCACGCACGGGACACUUCACUCCACCUAGAGAUACAGGACAUAGUCACGCACGGGACACUUCACUCCACCUAGAGAUACAGGACAUAGUCACGCACGGGACACUUCACUCCACCUAGAGAUACAGGACAUAGUCACGCACGGGACACUUCACUCCACCUAGAGAUACAGGACAUAGUCACACACGGGACACUUCACUCCACCUAGAGAUACAGGACAGAGUCACGCACGGGACACUUCACUCCACCUAGAGAUACAGGACAUAGUCACACAGGACACUUCACUCCACCUAGAGAUACAGGACAUAGUCACACACGGGACACUUCACUCCACCUAGAGAUACAGGACAUAGUCACGCAUGGGACACUUCACUCCACCUAGAGAUACAGGACACUUCACUCCACCUAGAGAUACAGGACAUAGUCACACACGGGACACUUCACUCCACCUAGAGAUACAGGACAUAGUCACACACGGGACACUUCACUCCACCUAGAGAUACAGGACACUUCACUCCACCUAGAGAUACAGGACAUAGUCACACACGGGACACUUCACUCCACCUAGAGAUACAGGACAUAGUCACGCACGGGACACUUCACUCCACCUAGAGAUACAGGACAUAGUCACGCACGGGACACUUCACUCCACCUAGAGAUACAGGACACUUCACUCCACCUAGAGAUACAGGACACUUCACUCCACCUAGAGAUACAGGACAUAGUCACACGGGACACUUCACUCCACCUAGAGAUACAGGACAUAGUCACGCACGGGACACUUCACUCCACCUAGAGAUACAGGACAUAGUCACGCACGGGACACUUCACUCCACCUAGAGAUACAGGACAUAGUCACGCAUGGGACACUUCACUCCACCUAGAGAUACAGGACAUAGUCACGCACGGGACACUUCACUCCACCUAGAGAUACAGGACAUAGUCACACACGGGACACUUCACUCCACCUAGAGAUACAGGACAGAGUCACGCACGGGACACUUCACUCCACCUAGAGAUACAGGACAUACACACGGGACACUUCACUCCACCUAGAGAUACAGGACAUAGUCACGCACGGGACACUUCACUCCACCUAGAGAUACAGGACACUUCACUCCACCUAGAGAUACAGGACAUAGUCACACACGGGACACUUCACUCCACCUAGAGAUACAGGACAUAGUCACACGGGACACUUCACUCCACCUAGAGAUACAGGACAUAGUCACACACGGGACACUUCACUCCACCUAGAGAUACAGGACAUAGUCACACACAGGACACUCCACCUGGUUGAAGAGAUCCAUGUACCAAAGCACUUGUAUUAGUCAUUUAAUACGAACAUUUUCAUAGGGAACAGAAACAGUAUGCAGGUUUCUCCUUUUGCUUUACUGAGUAAAGACUAAUUCCAUGUUCUAGUUUGAAGACUGGUCUACUUGAACUGAUAUGACUGAUAUGUACUUGUUUUUCCCCAUUAAACUUAGUUGAAUACACAAAGUCUUUCUGGAUAAGAGCGUCUGCUAAAUGUUAAUAUAUAUGUAAAAUGUGGGUUUCUGGUUGGUACAGUAUGAUCUCCACAAAUGUUUUGUCCAUUCCAGAGGUCAGUGUGUAUUUGCUGAGGGACUCACCUUGCUGUUCCACAGCCUCAGAGGUGGCUGGCCCAGGCCCUGCGUUACAGUACUCCUGGUCGGGGUGCUUCUUGCUGUAAUGUCUCUUCAGGGGUCCUGCUAUGUUACAGGAGUAGUGACAGUGGCCGCAGCGGUAGGGCUGUGGAAAACACAUUUCAGUUGUCUUCAAACAAUAAUGAAGACUAGAAAAUGGGUCAUUUUUUCUGAAGAAACAUUGUGCGAUCCCUUAAGCUGUCCGAAAGUAUUUUAUGGUAGUGGAAGUUGAAAUAGUUAUUGGCUGGUGUUGAUACAUUGACGCUAGCGACUGUAUUAUAGAAGCGUUGUAUAAAGACUCCCCUCGUCUGAUCACCUUGAAAGAGGCGUGCUGCUCCAUGUGUCUCACCAGCAGAGGUUUCUGUGCAGCGCUGUAAUCACACUCUGUACAUUUGAACUGCUUACCUACAUUAUGGAGGAGGGACACAGACAGGUUAGUACUGUCAAAGAUAAAAUACUAAAUGUUACCCCCACUGGAUCUCAAAUCGUGGACGUGUCCCAAAUGGCACCCUAUUCCCUUUAUAGUGCACUACUAUUGGGCUCUGGUCAAACGUAGUGCACUAUAUAGUGAAUAGGGUGCCAUUAUUUGGAACCCCGCCCUAGAUCUCAAAGCGUAUGGAUUUCUCUCACCGUCCUCUGUGUGCAUCAGCUUGUGGCUCUUCAGAGUGACCUUGGACUUGAACUUCUUGCCACACAUGUCACACAGAUGUGUCUUCUCCGUGGUGUGUCUGCUCAUGUGGGCCUUCAGGUUGCUCUUGCUGCGGCUGGCAUAAUCACACAGGGAACACUUGAAGGGCUUCACUCCUAACAGGGGGAAGAGAUACAGCGGCAUUUACAUUUUGGUCAUUUAGCAGACACUCUUAUCCAGAGUGAUUUACAGUCAGUGGUCAUUUAGCAGACACUCUUAUCCAGAGUGAUUUACAGUCAGUGAUCAAUUAGCAGACACUCUUAUCCAGGGUGAUUUACAGUCAGUGAUCAAUUAGCAGACACUCUUAUCCAGGGUGAUUUACAGUCAGUGAUCAUUUAGCAGACACUCAUAUCCAGGGUGAUUUACAGUCAGUGAUCAUUUAGCAGACACUCUUAUCCAGGGUGAUUUACAGUCAGUGAUCAUUUAGCAGACACUCUUAUCCAGGGUGAUUUACAGUCAGUGAUCAUUUAGCAGACACUCUUAUCCAGAGUGAUUUACAGUCAAUGCAUUCAAAUAAGGUAGGUAAUACAACCACAUAUCACAUCGAUAAGACAACCACAUAUCACAUCGAUAAGACAACCACAUAUCACAUCGAUAAGACAACCACAUACAGUGGGGGAAAAAAGUAUUUAGUCAGCCACCAAUUGUGCAAGUUCUCCCACUUAAAAAGAUGAGAGAGGCCUGUCAUUUUCAUCAUAGGUACACGUCAACUAUGACAGACAAAUUGAGGAAAAAAAAUCCAGAAAAUCACAUUGUAGGAUUUUUAAUGAAUUUAUUUGCAAAUUAUGGUGGAAAAUAAGUAUUUGGUCACCUACAAACAAGCAAGAUUUCUGGCUCUCACAGACCUGUAACUUCUUCUUUAAGAGGCUCCUCUGUCCUCCACUCGUUACCUGUAUUAAUGGCACCUGUUUGAACUUGUUAUCAGUAUAAAAGACACCUGUCCACAACCUCAAACAGUCACACUCCAAACUCCACUAUGGCCAAGACCAAAGAGCUGUCAAAGGACACCAGAAACAAAAUUGUAGACCUGCACCAGGCUGGGAAGACUGAAUCUGCAAUAGGUAAGCAGCAUGGUUUGAAGAAAUCAACUGUGGGAGCAAUUAUUAGGAAAUGGAAGACAUACAAGACCACUGAUAAUCUCCCUUGAUUUGGGGCUCCACGCAAGAUCUCACCCUGUGGGGUCAAAAUGAUCACAAGAACGGUGAGCAAAAAUCCCAGAACCACACGGGGGGACCUAGUGAAUGACCUGCAGAGAGCUGGGACCAAAGUAACAAAGCCUACCAUCAGUAACACACUACGCCGUCAGGGACUCAAAUCCUGCAGUGCCAGACGUGUCCUCCUGCUUAAGCCAGUACAUGUCCAGGCCCGUCUGAAGUUUGCUAGAGUGCAUUUGGAUGAUCCAGAAGAGGAUUGGGAGAAUGUCAUAUGGUCAGAUGAAACCAAAAUAUAACUUUUUGGUAAAAACUCAACUUGUCGUGUUUGGAGGACAAAGAAUGCUGAGUUGCAUCCAAAGAACACCAUACCUACUGUGAAGCAUGGGGGUGGAAACAUCAUGCUUUGGAACUGUUUUUCUGCAAAGGGACCAGGACGACUGAUCCGUGUAAAGGAAAGAAUGAAUGGGGCCAUGUAUCGUGAGAUUUUGAGUGAAAACCUCCUUCCAUCAGCAAGGGCAUUGAAGAUGAAACGUGGCUGGGUCUUUCAGCAUGACAAUGAUCCCAAACACACCGCCCGGGCAACGAAGGAGUGGCUUCGUAAGAAGCAUUUCAAGGUCCUGGAGUGGCCUAGCCAGUCUCCAGAUCUCAACCCCAUAGAAAAUCUUUGGAGGGAGUUGAAAGUCUGUGUUGCCCAGCGACAGCCCCAAAACAUCACUGCUCUAGAGGAGAUCUGCAUGGAGGAAUGGGCCAAAAUACCAGCAACAGUGUGUGAAAACCUUGUGAAGACUUACAGAAAACGUUUGACCUGUGUCAUUGCCAACAAAGGGUAUAUAACAAAGUAUUGAGAAACUUUUGUUAUUGACCAAAUACUUAUUUUCCACCAUAAUUUGCAAAUUCAUUACAAAUCCUACAAUGUGAUUUUCAGGAUUUUUUUUCUUCUCAUUUUGUCUGUCAUAGUUGACGUGUACCUAUGAUGAAAAUUACAGGCCUCUCAUCUUUUUAAGUGGGAGAACUUGCACAAUUGGUGGCUGACUAAAUACCUUUUUCCCCCACUGUAUCACAGCGAUAAGACAACCACAUAUCACAUCGAUAAGACAACCACAUAUCACAGCGAUAAGAAAACCACAUAUCACAGCGAUAAGACAACCACAUAUCACAGCGAUAAGACAACCACAUAUCACAUCGAUAAGACAACCACAUUGCACAUUCAUUACAAGUAAAAAAAUUCCUCGAAAAGGUUAAGUGUGGUAGUUGCUAUUGCCUUUUAAAUGUGGAGAAAACCACUUUAUUUGUCCAAAAGUAGAAGGCAUUAUAAGGAACAGGACGUCAUUUGUUACCCAGCCUAUUUAGUUUGAUGUCCUACCUUCGUGAGCCCAGAUGUGCUGCUGUAGAUCUGCUCCGUUCCUCAUGAAGUAGCUGUCACAAUAAGGGCACUUGGACGCUCUCUUCCCGAUCAAGCCCUUCAUCUGCACCCUCACCCCCAGCGCCUCAGAGAUGGCGUUCAUCGGCGUAUCUGCGGAUAGAGAUGGUUUUACCCACAUAGCUAGCGUCCUGCCCCAGGGGGUGUACAUGUACAUUAAAGCUGCCUCGAGCUUCAGAAAGGCUCCUGCCCUAUGGGCCGUUCUGGCUCGGACAAGGCUUACUUACCUUUAUGCCUGGCUUCAAUCAGGAAAUGGGUAUGAUUUUUAGAUUUAAACAUCAUUAACGCUCUGCUGUUGUGAACAAAAUCAAACUCCACAGAGAACACCCAAACAAAGAUCGGGCUUAGUUUCCGGUCUCUUACCUGGAUGAAAGUUCCUGAUAUGAAGCUUAAGUUUAUCUUCAGUGAACGUUUCCUCACACACAGGGCAAGCAAAGCUUUUCUUCUCCUUUAAUAUUAAAAAUGAAUGACGUUAGAGUCCAAAAUCAUCAAAAAACAGAAACGUGCUAUAAUUAUCAGAUGAUGUGUCCCCUAUGGGUCCCUGAUCAAAAGUAGCCCACUAUAUAGAGAACAGGGUGUCAUUUGGGACGCGGUCCCAGACUUACGUUGUCAAAGUGUGUUUUGAGGUGGGCCUGCAGCUUGUACUUGUCAGGUGUGCAGUACUGGCAGUCUUCCAUGGGGCACUGGAGCAGGACGUUACUGUGUCUCUGGAUUAGAUGGCGCUUCAGGCAGUUCUUGGUGAUGGAAGAAUAGCUGCACUGGGUACAGUAAUGUAGAUGCUCUUUUGUGUGAGUGCGCACAUGCAUGUUGUAGUGGACUUGGUACCAGAAGAGCUUUCCUAGACGGGGAACAAAAAAAAACACGUGGCUAGAAAACAGGUGGUUUACAGAUGAAUUACCAACACAUAUGAAAUGAUGAAAUAGCUGAAAUUACAAACUCUUGUAAAAAUGCAAUUUAUACUGCUAUAAUAAAAUGAUUUCUAUGUCAAUAUAUUUGCGUGAUAUAUUCUUACCACAGUAUUCACAUUCCAGGUCCCCGUAUACUUUCCGUAUUCUCUCAAAGACAACCAUGUUCAGCUGCCUUUUCUGCAGCUUAUCUAGAAUCUGUUGGAAUGCGCUCCUCUCCUCCGUUGUACCAUCCUCUCCUUGUGGUCCUGCUGAAGUGUUUGUUUGACCUAUGACCUCCCCCUGAAUCAAAGACCGGAGAGUCUCCUCAACAUGACCUUGUGAUGUUGAUGAAGAACCCUUGUCUUCUUCAUGAUACUGCUGGUGGCCCACUGAUUCCUCCUUGCCUGAAGGCCUUUCUACCAAAGUGUCUUGUUCAGCCACAGUGACGUUAUUCUCCCCAUGAGGCUCGUCUUCCUCCAUCAGUGUCUUAUCAGGUCUCUCCUCGCUGAUUACUUCCUGGGCCGUGCCUUUGCUUGUUGUCUGGGUUUGUUCAGGACUGAUUGGCUCAGUUCUGUCUUGUAGAGUCUCAGUCUCUUGUGCAGGUUGGUUCAACACGUAUGUCUCUACAGUCUGCCCCUUAGGGCCCGGAUCAGGGACCACCUGUUCCUCCCACUCUCCCAGCCCCUCUCCCUGUUCCACCCCAUCCCCCUGCUCCUCUGAAGGGUCACCAGCGAGGGCCUCCUCCUGCUCCUCUGAAGGGUCACCAGCGAGGGCCUCCUCCUGCUCCUCUGAAGGGUCACCAGCGAGGGCCUCCUCCUGCUCCUCUGAAGGGUCACCAGCGAGGGCCUCCUCCUGUUCCUCUGAAGGGUCACCAGCGAGGGCCUCCUCCUGCUCCUCUGAAGGGUCACCAGCGAGGGCCUCCUCCUGUUUCUCUGAAGGGACACCAGCGAGGGCCUCCUCCUGUUUUUCUGAAGGGUCACCAGCGAGGGCCUCCUCCUGCUCCUCUGAAGGGUCACCAGCGAGGGCCUCCUCCUGUUCCUCUGAAGGGCCACCAGCGAGGGCCUCCUCCUGUUCCUCUGAAGGGUCACCAGCGAGGGCCUCCUCCUGCUCCUCUGAAGGGUCACCAGCGAGGGCCUCCUCCUGCUCCUCUGAAGGGUCACCAGCGAGGGCCUCCUCCUGUUCCUCUGAAGGGUCACCAGCGAGGGCCUCCUCCUGUUCCUCUGAAGGGUCACCAGCGAGGGCCUCCUCCUGCUCCUCUGAAGGGUCACCAGCGAGGGCCUCCUCCUGCUCCUCUGAAGGGUCACCAGCGAGGGCCUCCUCCUGUUCCUCUGAAGGGUCACCAGCGAGGGCCUCCUCCUGCUCCUCUGAAGGGUCACCAGCGAGGGCCUCCCCCUGCUCCUCUGAAGGGUCACCAGCGAGGGCCUCCUCCUGCUCCUCUGAAGGGUCACCAGCGAGGGCCUCCUCCUCAUCCUCCUCCUGCUGGGCGUUGA